GUCACAAAGUAUGUCCCUGUGUUGAUGCGGAUUCUAGCCUUGCUGCUGCUACAGACUAACUGGUAUGCUUGCUCGCCGCACUGAGGUGGGUCACCUGGCCUCCGGAAAGGGUAGGAUAUGUUGUGAAUAUCACCACAGGAGAAAGGGGGACACUGACCUUGGCCACCAGCAUCUGCUAAUGGAACUGCAAUUGCAGAAAUAAAGAGAAGUAUAGAUUGCCAGGUAACAGUAGGAUGAAACGCACAUGCUUUGUUCGCCAUGAGAGAUUAGUAGAUGCAGGAAUGCUAGCUAGGAGUGUUGAUUAUGCACAAGCCGAGAAGGGCGCUCAGUUACUUGGGCACAGCAGGCCUGGCAUGAUUGAGAUACCUUUUGACUUGGUACAAAAUACUUUCCAAGUCAAGGUCCGUCCACUUCUAGAUGGAAGUUCUGGACUUGAGAUAUUUUUCCACAUGCCGAGGGUAUUGACUCUGCGUUUACUUGAGCAUAGCAGGAAGUUUCAUGGAAACUUAUAAUUUAUCUUCAGCCACACAACUACAACUAAUAAUACUACUGUGCAACCUUGAAGCUGAUAUCUCCAAAAGCUCGUAGAGUUCUUAUUUGCUUCCAUCUCCUCUUCCUCUUUCUCUCAGUUACUAUAGACAGAGAAACAUGAGAGGAUUUCUUAUCGUAGCCCUUCUGCUCUGUCUUCACAAAGAUGGAGUGUACAUGGCCACCGCAUCGGCUGAUGAAGACCUCUCCAACUACUCUCCGCCAUCUCGGUGCAGCAAACAUGGGCCAGAGAUCAGGUUCCCACUCCAGCUUGAAUCCAGCAAACCCUAUACAUCAUCAUCAUUAUGUGGAUCACCAUGCAUAAAGCUAGCAUGCUCUGGCCAGGACACCAUUCUGGUUGACCCAGUCCUUGCUCCAUACAAAGUGAUUGCAGUAGAUUACAGGAGCGCAACCUUGACAAUUAUCCCACGUUUAAACUACUCUCCCUGCCGCUUGAUUGCCAACUUCAUGUCAGCAAGUUCUAUGAUCCCAUAUGAUAUAGACUAUCCUGGAUAUACUUUCUAUAGUGGAUUUGCGGUACACUGUUUUAAAAAGUUCACACCAAGUACUGAUGGUGAUUAUAUAGUUGGCCCAAUCUUUUGCCUUAGCAACGCAACACACUUUUUCUAUUUGGUGUAUGCUCGUGCAGAUAUGUCUAUUCUUCCGUUGGACUGCAAGGCAGUCUCAAAUGGCACUAUUCCAAUUCCAGUGGCAGAUAUCAUGCCAUAUACAACAUUCAAGGAACAAGUAGAAAUGAUCCUCAACAAUGCCGCAAUGACUGUCGGUUGGUGGAUUCAUGAGUAUGAACCAGAAUUUGCUUUCAGUGGCACACAAUGCGGACGUCAAACGGGAUUCUGCGAAUUCACAGAAAGAAACGUCAAUGGUUCCACAAUGUUUGUCAGUCAGUGUAAUUAUGAACUAGGAAUUGCAUACAACUGCACACAUUGUGAACGUCAAGGGCGACACUGUGCAUUCAGUUCACAGAUGAACCAAACAUUCUGCAUGCAUCACGGUUCACGUGUCAAAGUCAUUGCAGCUACAUCAUCGGCAGCUGCAUUAGUUAUUUUGUUGAUGGCGGCCACUGCACUCUAUCUUUCACUUAAGUCAAAAUAUAAUGAAGAGAUAAACUUGAAGGUUGAAAUGUUUCUCAAGACAUAUGGUACAUCAAAACCCACGAGGUACACUUUCUCUGAAGUUAAGAAGAUAGCAAGGCGGUUCAAGAAAAAAGUAGGCCAAGGUGGAUUUGGAAGUGUAUACAAAGGUGAGCUACCAAAUGGAGUGCCUGUGGCUGUCAAAGUGCUAGAGAACUCUACGGGAAAGGGAGAUGAAUUUGUCAAUGAAGUUGCAACCAUAGGGCUAAUCCACCAUGCAAAUAUUGUGCGCCUAUUGGGAUUUUGCUCUCAAGGAACAAGACGUGCCCUCAUUUAUGAAUUCAUGCCUAAUGAGUCAUUGGAGAAAUACAUAUUCAUGCAUGCUUCCGGUGCAUCUCAAGAACAUCUAGUACCAAACAAAAUGGUAGAUAUUGCUUUAGGCAUUGCCCGAGGAGUGGAAUAUCUACAUCAAGGAUGCAACAAGCGCAUCCUCCACUUUGACAUCAAGCCUCACAACAUCUUGCUGGACUACAACUUCAACCCAAAGAUCUCAGACUUUGGCCUCGCAAAACUUUGUGCGAGGGAUCAAAGUAUUGUUACUCUGACGACAGCAAGAGGCACUAUGGGCUAUAUUGCACCAGAGCUGUAUUCCAGGAAUUUUGGAGAUGUAUCCUACAAGUCAGAUGUUUACAGUUUUGGCAUGCUGGUGUUAGAAAUGGUAAGUGGGAGGAGGAACUCAGAUCCAAGUGUUGACAACCAAAAUGAGGUUUACCUCCCAGAGUGGAUCUUUGAGAGGGUAAUCACUGGGAAUGACUUGGUGGUGCUUGCUAGAGAAAUGACAGGAGAAGAAAAAAGAAAGAUCAGGCAGCUAGCCAUUGUGGCCCUAUGGUGCAUUCAAUGGAACCCAAGAAAUCGACCCUCGAUGACAAAGGUGGUGAACAUGUUGACAGGGAGGUUGGAGAAUCUACAGAUGCCCCCAAAGCCUUUCAUCCCAUCCCAAAGUCAUCCUGCGCCUUAGAGCAUGGAGAAUACUCUAGUUAGUACUAACAUGUGAAUAGUAAGUUGUCACCGUGUAAUACUAGUUGUUUGCAACAGAUAAGAUUUGUAGUGCACUUCAUUGUAUUCGGUAAUUCAGAUACAAUUUUUCUUUUUUUAAGUUUCCAUACUCUGUAAUGGAAAGAAGUUACCUCCACUUUUACUUC